AGAGAGAGGAGAGAGAGAGAGAAGGAGAGAGAGAGAGAGAGAGUGUGAGAAGGAGAGAGAAGGAGAGAGAGAGAGAUAGGAGAGAGAGAGAGGGAGAGGUAGGUAGGUAGGUAGGUAAAGAAAGCAGAGUGGGAGACAUAUCGCUCCAGAGAUAGGAUGAAAGGAGAGUGAGAGGAAAAGAAAGGAGGAGGGAGCAAGAAAGAGGUAGAGUGAGUGGUAGUGAGAGAGUGGGAGAAAACAAGGUAAACGAGAAGGAAAAAAGGGAGAAAGCAAAAUAGUGUGUUUCUGUAGGAGGAUGACAGUGUUCACUUCCUGGUCGAUGGGAUGAAGUGAACACACAGUACGGAGAGACUAAUACAGGCUGAGAGGACAAAGAAACAUAAACACCAAAGGAAACAUUGCGCCUGUGUUUCCCACCACACCAGCGCUAGCCAUCCUCUACAGGGAAGAGUCAGACCCAGGAAAGCAGCACAGCACUCAGUAAUGGAGAUGGAAACAUUGACAAUACCGACCUGGGGUCAAGAGUAUAACACCCAUUCCCAGUACCUCUUCAAUAGCUUACGUUAAAGCUGCCAGGACAUCUCUUCUGCCCUCACCUAUGCCCAGAGACCAUGGGAAGUGUCAGCAGCUUCAUCUCAGGUCCCAGUCUCCACAGCAAGCACCGUCAGGCCACGGAGUACAAACUAAAGAAGGCAGGCCAUCCCCGGAAAACGGGCCGGAGCCUGGAUGGCCUACUGAAGUACAGCUUUGCUCAGGGGUCUUCCAACCACACCACUAAAGACAUCUCUCAGGCAGGCAGAAGUGAGGACUUAUUUUACUUAAAGGUGAGCCAGAAGUCGCGGAUGACUCACCGCAGAGGCGUCCCAACAGAAGAUCGUGUAGGAGAGGGACAUUCUACUGAUAUGGAACCAGACGGUAGAGAGACACCUAAACUGCUGCCUAUGUCUGGAAAACUGGAGAAGAAUAUGGACAAGGCUUUGAUCCGGCCCACAGCCUUCAAGCCAGUCAUCCCCAGGAGCACCUCUUCCACAGAGACUCACAACAACCUCACCCACCUCCUUAGUCCCCCAGAGAGAACCAGAGACUCCCAGGAGCCCCAACAGGACACAUUUUCAGGGACCCUCUCAGACUCUGGGCAGGAUUCCAUGUCCAGCCUGCCAACUCACAGCACCAGUGGGAGCCACAGUGCUUCCACAGGCCCACUGACUCAGUGUGCAGGAGGCACAGCCCAUGGCAUGACCCAUCCCCAGCAGCCCCCCCUCUCUACAUGGACCAACGGGAAUGGAAUAAGUGCCAGUGCCAGGGUCGCAGGUCUAAGCAAUGGAGGGGCAGCGAAGGCUAACAGGGACACCAUCUCCCUCCCCUCACCUCAGCAGCCCAGCCCUCUCUUGGAGGAGAUGGGGGGCUGUAAUCGCUCACCCAUCUCCACAGAUGAGUCCCUAAUUGAGCUGCUGGAGCAGAGGCUGCUGGAGAGUGAGACAGAGCUGCAGGAGCUACAGGUGAGCUUUGAGGAGAAAGAGGUGGACACGUGCCAGCUGUUUGAGGAGAAGCAGAGGUAUUGUGUUGAGGAGAUGGAGGGCCUGAAGCAGAGGUGCUCCACCAAGCUCAGGCAGGUCUCCCAGAGGGCCGUGAAGAACCACCAGGCCUUGCAGCUGAAGGUCAGCCAGCUGCAGCAGGACAACCAGAGGCUCCAGGACGAGCUGGUCCAGAUGACCCAGGAGAAGGACCUGAUAGAGGUCAAACUGAUGUCGUUUGAGAUGGAGAAGAACCAACUAGACCCCACCUUAGAGGAGACACAGUGGGAGGUAUGCCAAAAGGCUGGGGAGAUCUCACUGCUGAAGCAACAACUCAGGGACUCUCAGGCUUGUGUCACUCACAAGCUGAAUGACAUCGUCAGCCUCAAGGCCUCGCUGAAGGAGACCCGGUCCAAAAUGGAGGCACUGGAAAAGCAGAACAAAUUGCAAGAGGAAAAGAUACGCUCUCGCAGUGUGGAUGUGGAGGUAUGCCAAAAUGAGCUCCAGCGCAAGAAGAACGAGGCUGAUCUACUAAGAGCAAAGGUGGACAUACUGGAGACAGACAUCAAUGAAAUGAAAAAGGACCUGGCCCUGGCAAAAGAACAUAGGCAGCAGCAAAAGGCCAAACUGGAGACCCAGGAGAGGUCAGACCAGAGUGGGGGCACUGGAGGGAGCAUGAGCACUGACUCCCUCCAGAGAGAGGUGAAGAAACUGAAAGUGGAGCUCAGGGAAGAGAGAGAGACUCAGGAGAGGCUGUCGAACAGCUUUGAGCACGAGAGACAGACGUGGAACAGGGAGAAGGACAGAGUUAUCAAGUACCAGAAGCAGCUUCAGCUCAACUAUCUGCAGAUGCACAAGAAGAACCAAGACCUGAAGAGGAUCCUGCAGGAGCUCACAGCAGAGUUGGAGAGUCGAUCGGAGUUUGACGUGGACAUCCACAGCUCAGGGUUACACUAUGAGGAUAUUAUCGCCACAGAAAUGUGAGGGAGAAACCCACAGAGAAUAGUAAUAACGAUGCUCAAAUGUUCUAACAGGGUUAUUAAACAGUCAUAUGAAACACAUAAUUUGUUAUAUCUGGCCAAAACACAGAUUAGCUAUUGCUCCCUUGGCAGGGACAGCAUUUUCGUGAUAAUCAAGUUGGCUAACAUACUGCUGCAGGAUAGGAUAGAAUUGCGGUCAGGUUUGGAUCUUCUUUAAUAAAAAUCCUUCAUUUUCUGUGACUGUGUAAAGCAGGCUAUAAAGGGCACAUCCGGAGUUCAAACAAUAACAAAUAACAAAACAGCUAAUGGGUUGGGGCUUGAGAACUAUAACUACACUCAAAUUCAUAGACAGAGCUAUGGAUGCAAUGGCUGAUCAUCCAUGAGAUCAAAAUUAUAGAUUUAACUGUGUUUUGAAGCUAUACAGUGUUUGUUUACAUUGUCUUUGUAUACAAACAUUAUAGGUUAUACUGAGGUAAGAGAGUUGAACUAAGCUCUUUAAGCAUUUAUGAGUUAUAUAAUUUCAAAUUCAAUGGCUAUAUCAUCAAUUUAGUCCGAAAAUGGAUGUAGCAACUCCAGAUGGUCCUUUAAGCUUUUGUUAUCCAUAAGUGUGGUUUCCCGGAAACAGAUUUAAAAUAUUUUUUGAUGAACAUUCUCCAUUGAGCCUGCUUUUUAUUCCAGGACUAGGCGUAAUCUAUUUCCAGGAAACCACCCCAUAAUGAAACCACCUUAUAAUGUUCAAUUGACAGUAGUCUAAAAAGCCUAUGAAAUGGUUAUUCCUCUUGAGAAGUUUCCUAGCAUUGUAGUGAGUUGGGGCAUUCUUUCUGUAUGUGUCAAGUCCUACAUAAGAUGUUGUAAGCUCCACAACAACCACUGAGACACAGCAAUAUGAUGUGAUGUGUUUUUAUUUAACCUUUUUGAUCACGAUCACCACUAUGGCCAGAGAUAUUGCAGAGACAAUGAGGCAAGAGGCUGCCCUCGUCAGCACCAACACAGAUACUGGCAUCUGCACAUGUGUAUGGGAGUUCACAUAUCUGUCCUGUAACAUAAUACAGUAGCUGCAUGGCAACAAAUGCGGAGGCGUGCAGCCUCUCGCUUCACACAGUCUUUGUUUUUGUUGGAAGUCGCUUGCUCUUUGUGGUAAACAUAUACUGUAGCCGCGUCUACCUUUUAAGUGUCAAAGCACUGGAUGUACUGUAUAUUUUGUGAAUAAUCAUUCAUAUUAUUUAUUGAUAUAAAGGAUACAAAAGUGGUAGUGAUUAGUGUUGAAAGGAACUAUACACUUCCAUUUUAAGAGGGGUUAGAACAUGAUUGUCAAAGUGCAUCCCACACUACAGUCGUGGCCAAAAGUUUUGAGAAUGACACAAAUAUUAAUUUUCACAAAGUUUGCUGCUUCAGUGUCUUUAGAUAUUUUUGUCAAAUGUUACUAUGGAAUACUGAAGUAUAAUUACAAACAUUUCAUAAGUGUCAAAGGCUUUUAUUGACAAUUGCAUGAAGUUGAUGCAAAGAGUCAAUAUUUGUAGUGUUGACCCUUCUUUUUCAAGCCCUCUGCAAUCCGUCCUGGCAUGCUGUCAGUUAACUUCUGGGCCACAUCCUGAAGGAUGGCAGACCAUUCUUACAUAAUAAAUGCUUGGAGUUUGUCAGAAUUUGUGGGUUUUUAUUUGUUCACCCGCCUCUUCAGGAUUGACCACAAGUUCUCAACGGGAUUAAGGUCUGGGGAGUUUCCUGGCCAUGGACCCAAAAUAUCAAUGUUUUGUUCCCCGAGCCACUUAGUUAUCACUUUUGCCUUAUGGAAAGGUGCUCCAUCAUGCUGGAAAAGGCAUUGUUCGUCACCAAACUGUUCCUGGAUGGUUGAGAGAAGUUGCUCUAGGAGGACGUGUUGGUACCAUUCUUUACUCAUGGCUGUGUUCUUAAGCAAGAUUAUGAGUGAGCCCACUCCCUUGGCUGAGAAGCAACCCCACACAUGAAUGGUCUCGGGAUGCUUUACUGUUGGCAUGAC